AUGAAGUUAGAGCUUACCAGACUAAGAUCAAAAUAUGGUAAUGAAACAACAAAUACUACAACGCAAACGACGAAAGCUGACAGAAAGAUUGAUGACACUCCUACUCCAACUCCUGCAAUGGCGAACAUCACAACAAUUGCUCCAAGAGUUCCAACAGGAGAAGGUAUAUCAGGAAAUGUUUCAACUACUCAUAACAUUACUGAAGCAGCUAAUGUUUCAGCAGUUGAGCAACCUGUUGUUAAUGUAACUCAGGAAAACGCUACUGAAACAUCAACACCAAGACAGGAUGUAAAUAAUGAACGUCCAGAAGUUAAGGAGGUUGCAAAAGCAUACCUGGAGAAAAAUACUACACAAGUUCUUGAAGCAGAAAAGCAUCUCAAUUCAGACAAAACACCAUCUCCAACUCCUGAAGCAUCA